GGAGGAGUUUUGUCAACAACAAGGAAGCGGCUGGUCGGCUGUGGAUGUUUAUGCACUAAAGAGGCCAAAUGGGCUCGGAAACGGCUUUCCAAAUGUUAAGAAAAUGCUAAUAACGUUGUGCUACGUCUACCUCUGGGUGCGCUUUCAGAAGUGCUAUACGGUGGUUAUUCGUAACACUUUGCGCAGAUUGUGCGGGAGCAAAAGCACUAGCAUUAGCAACAGUUUCACAUUCUGUGCCUUGAAUCCACCAGGAAAGUCGUCUGAUCUGAAAGGACAACCGAUCCUCCAACAUAGUUUCAAUAAGCAACUAAAUCAACCUCUGCCCGAAGAUACAGUUUUUCUGAAGUUGGGUGACAAGGCUAUUUACAUAACCGAGCCUCAGGCAUGCGAUGACCUCAGCAAGUGGACUGUGUUGUUGGGGUCCUCUCUGGUUUGUGGGCCGCGGAUAGAGAACAUUUCUUUCAUCAUAGAGGCUACCUCUGGACAGAGAGUGAGCAGGCAGUCUCCUCUCAAGCUGAAAAAGAAAGUAUUAAAGUGGUCCGACUACUGUCUCCCUCUGGCCUGUAGUCCUGGCCAGCCAUUCAGGGCGGUGGCUCAGGCCAGCGUUGACAACUUCAGCCGCUUGGGGGUGGCCUUUAUGGAAGACCGUCUUCAGCUGGACAAUGGACUUGUGCCUUCUAAAAUAGUUUCUGUCCUUCUCCGAGAAUCCGCACUCAAACAACUUCUAGAAAAGCGACAACCAGCAAGUGAGAAGCAUUCCAUUUCCCUAAACAACUCCCAGACAGAAAUCAUCCUCUCUCAACCCUCACCCUGCGGCUGCGACAAAGAGAAAGAAGACACCCAGCAAACACAAAGGAAAGGGAGCCUGCUCCUACCCCCAGAGAUCCGGAGGUGCUUGAGUGAAAGACGAGGCUCCGAGCCCCUGAGAGGAACCCAGGACCUAGGCUCUGACAGCGGCCGCGAGGACAACCACUCCCUGGGAAACAACCACCACAUGGAGACCCACGGCCACCACCUCCACUUGUCCAGUUGCCACGAGUGCCUGGAGCUGGAGAACAGCACCAUCCAGUCGGUCAAGUAUGCCUCGGCUGAGAACAUCCCUGACCUGCCCGAUGACUAUGCCAGCGAUCUGGACAGUGGGGAUGAGACCCUGGAAGAGCUGGAGGAUGAAACCAAGACAAGUCAGUCGAAGAGAGCCAACGCUAGCGGCAAGCCUCCCAACGUCCUAGUCUACACUGGCGGCUGCGAGGCGCGCUUUGGGAAGGUCUGCUCUCUGUUAGCAGAGUGCAUUGACACGGACAACUACGUGGUUUAUCCCCUCCGGCCCCAGCAGGCCCUGAGCGAGCCCUGGCUGGAGAGCACCACCCUGCUCGUCCUAGCUGAGGAAGAGCCGCUGACUCCCCAGCUCCAGGCCCGCUUCUUGGCCUACCUGGGGCAGGGGGGCCGGGUCUUGGGCCUCUCCUCCUCCUUGUGCCCGGCCGGGCUGGUGCUUGUGUCCAAGGCGGACAGGAGAGGGCAGAUAUGCAGACUCAGCUUCACGAGGGAGGACACCUCGGAGCUGGAGCUCAGCACGCUGGUUAGCGGGAGUGCGUUUGUUCGGGAUCCCCAGGGUGGCGGGCAGGUGGAGCUUUGGGGGGAACUGACAGGACACGGUGGGGACAAGGACAUGGUCAUUGUAAAGAUGACUCACGAGGGGGAUGGAGGAGAGGCUGUCCUUUGCCAGGUCCAUCUGGAGACGGCCCCCGACUCGCAGGAAGUGACAUCACAAGGAUUUAACGAACUGAAGAUGAGCAAUGCGCGGCGAUACGAAGUCCUGACAGAGAUCCUCACCUCGCUGGGCUUGAGCUGUGAGCUGACCCCCAUCCCACCCCCCAGCCCCAUCUACAUCCUGUCCACCUCUGAGGAACGCAGGGCCAGUUUCCUGAAGUGGCUCCACACCCAGGUGGACAAGGAGGGGAAGCUGAAGUCUUCCAAGGCCUCCCUAAAAGUGGUGUCCAGCAUAGAGAUCCAGUGUGGGAGCCAGGUCCCUGAGGGGACCCUGGCCCUGGUCACGGACUCCCCUCAAGAGCUGAACCCAGAGCAGUUCAGCCUGCAGACCUACAUCCAGCACCUGGGGACCACCAAGCUGGGACACACCCUGCUGUACGCCGAGGUUACCCCCACUACCAUGGACCUGCUGGAAGGGUUGACGCUCCACUUGCCUGAGGAAAUGGGGUUAAUCGCCGUAGCUGCUCGCCAAACCCAGGGCAGAGGACGAGGAGGGAACGCGUGGCUCAGUCCGCCAGGCUGUGCCAUGUUCACCCUGCAUGUCCAGGUGGCGCUGAGCUCCAGGCUGGGCCAGAGAAUACCCUUCCUACAGCAUCUGGCCUCGCUGGCGGUGGUGGAGGCCAUUCGCACGCUGCCUGGUUAUGAGGACAUCGAUUUGAAGGUGAAGUGGCCCAACGAUAUCUAUUACGGUAACCUAAUGAAGCUAGGCGGUGUGCUGGUGACAUCAUCAGUCAUGGGACCAUCUUUCCAUCUUCUCAUUGGAUGUGGCAUCAAUGUCAGCAACAGCAACCCCACCAUCUGCAUCAACGACCUGGUGAGCAGGCACAACCACGAGCGUGGCUGCAGCCUGCAGGCCCUCAGCCCUGCUCAGGUCAUAGGCUGCACCCUGACCUCCCUGGAGGGGCUCAUCGCUGCCUUCCAGCAGGGAGGGCCCCAGGCGGUGCUGCCUAUCUAUUACAAGAGAUGGAUACACAGUGGGACCCAGGUGCGCCUGUGGAGUGAGGACGGUCCCGAGGCUGAGGUGGUGGGGCUGGACGACAACGGCUUCCUGCAGGUGCGCUCCAGGGAGCAGGGUGUGGUCUCUGUGCAGCCCGAUGGCAACUCUUUUGACAUGCUGAGGAACCUGGUGGUCACCAAGCGACGCUAAUCUGCCUUCUGACCAAGCCCUCCCCUGAGAACGCUGCAGGGCAUUUUAGACUGGCGUUGCAGAGGACAGCUAUAUUGACUCUACGAUAUGGGGCUGGACUGGAGUGUGAGAUGCUGCCGACCAUGAUAUUAACAAGAAUAGAGUGAAAUAUUGAGUAGGUGUUAUUUAAGAGUUAACUAAUCUGCUUGCGAAAGUAUUUUUUGUUGAAAUCUACCUUUUCUUUCUUCACUUUUUGUGAUUAAAUUGAGACAAUAUAUGACCUGUUUAUUUUUAGUUUGAAUAUGAGAAUUGGAUUUCUUGAGUACAUUUAUAUUAAUUUAUAAUUGACAGCUACAUUACACCAUAUAUAACCAUGUUGAAGAAUUUUAAGCAAGUUAUUCACAUUUGAAAUGUAUGUAAGACCAUAAUUUUUCCAUUUCACUUAAGGUUUGUAUGCCAAAUGGACAGAGCUGCAUGUAUUCUUUUGUUAUAGAAUAGAAUCUGUCAUACAAAGUAUCUUCAGUUGUACAGAACAUUGGAAUGCCCUCUCGCUUAAGUGCUAGCUAAUAGUAUUUUUUCAGAAGUGUUGAGAUUAGGGCUAUUAACGUGUAAAAACAUGUCUUUAACUUGUUGCUUGGAAGUGUACCAAACCUAAUUCGAGUAAAAACAUUGUAACGGCUAUUGACACGCGAGGUCGCAUUUUGAUUAAAAUGCAUUGAAUAAAUGCAAGCCAUUAUCCUGGAGAGACUGGUUGGAGUAUGUAUAUCUCUGUGAUGACUGACGACUGGUACAAACCAAGACUUUUGCACUUUCGUACCGUAAAUUAUCCAAGGUUACCAUAGUGAGAUUAUUUUGUUAAGCCUUAACUUUUCUUUUUGGUCUGUGUAAAAUGAAAACAAUAGUUUUUUUUCUUUAAACAAGUCUGUGGAUUUGGUGUACUGAGUCUUUUGGCUUAUUUGUAGUUUAAAUACUAUAUUAUCAAUGUUAACAGAGGGUCAAUAUUUGUAAAAGAAAAAAGAAAAGUGAUUUGUAUAUUUGAUAAGACAAUUGAUAUUACACAACUAUAUCCUUAAAUGUGAUAAAUGAGUAUUACAGUUUAUAAUAUUAAAGCUGUUUGGUGAUCUUUUAAAUAUUAUUAACUCGUCAUUCCGAUAAGAUCUAAUAAAACAUACAAAAGUG